CCCGGCCUCCCCGCCGCCUGCGGCCCCGGGUCUCCGCCGAGUUCCUCAAGCGUACGCUCCAUGGCCGGAAAGUUGGUGCCGCUGCUGCUGCCGCUGCUGCUGGCUGCGCUGGGCCUCGCCGGCCUUCUGCUGCUGUGCGUCCCGACCCGCGACGUCCGGGAGCCGCCCGCCCUCAAGUAUGGCAUUGUUCUGGAUGCUGGCUCUUCACACACAUCCAUGUUUGUCUACAAAUGGCCAGCAGACAAGGAGAACGACACAGGCAUUGUGGGUCAGCACAGCUCCUGCGAUGUUCAGGGUGGGGGCAUCUCCAGCUAUGCAGAUGAUCCUUCUAGGGCAGGCCAGAGUCUGGUCAAAUGCCUUGAACAGGCUCUUCGGGAUGUGCCAAAAGACAAACAUGCCAACACACCGCUCUACCUGGGAGCCACAGCAGGCAUGCGCCUACUCAACCUGACCAGUCCAGAGGCCACUACCAGAGUGCUAGAGGCAGUGACACAGACCCUCAUGCAGUACCCCUUUGAUUUCCGUGGUGCACGCAUCCUCUCUGGACAGGACGAAGGGGUGUUUGGCUGGGUAACUGCAAACUACCUGCUGGAGAACUUCAUCAAGUACGGCUGGGUGGGCCGGUGGAUCCGGCCAAGGAAGGGAACCCUGGGGGCCAUGGACCUGGGGGGUGCCUCCACACAGAUCACCUUUGAGACAACCAGCCCAUCUGAGGAUCCAGCAACUGAGGUCCACCUGCGACUCUAUGGCCAACACUACCGUGUCUACACCCACAGCUUCCUCUGCUAUGGGCGAGACCAGGUCCUCCAGAGGCUGCUGGCCAGAACGCUCCAGACCCAUGGAUUCCACCCCUGCUGGCCAAAGGGCUAUUCCACGCAAGUGCUGUUACAGGAGGUCUUCCGGUCACCGUGCACUGCAGCCCAGCGGCCCCAGAUGUUCAACAGCAGUGCUCAUGUCAGCCUGUCAGGGACCAGCAACCCCUCCCUCUGCCGUGGCCUAGUGUCUGGGCUCUUCAAUUUCUCAUCCUGCCCCUUUUCCCGAUGUUCCUUUAAUGGAGUCUUCCAGCCUCCUGUGACUGGGAACUUCUUCGGCUUCUCUGCUUUCUACUACACUGUGGACUUCCUGAGGACGGUGAUGGGGCUCCCUGUGGCAACCCUGCAACAACUGGAGACAGCCACAGAGUUCAUCUGCAACCAGACCUGGGCAGAGCUGCAAGCCCAAGCACCGAGGCAGCAGACCCGCCUGGCUGACUAUUGUGCUGUAGCCAUGUUUGUGCAGCAGCUACUGAGCCGUGGUUAUGGCUUCGAUGAACGCUCCUUCAGUGGUGUGGCCUUCCAAAAAAAGGCUGAAGGCACCGCAGUUGGCUGGGCGUUGGGCUACAUGCUGAACUUGACCAACUUGAUCCCUGCUGACCAGCCGGGGUUCCGCAAGGGCUCUCACUUCAGCUCCUGGGUUGUGCUCCUCCUGCUCUUUGCUGUCCUGCUCCUGGCCGCGCUGGUCUUGCUACUGCGCCAGGUGCGCUCUGCCAAGUCCUCAGGUGCUCUAUAAAGUUGCAGAGAAUCCUCUCCCACCUCCACAGUAUCCCUUACCCUCCACUCCACCCCACUCCCAUCCAUAGCACCUCUGCCCCGAGGUGGCCUGGGAACCAACAUUCAGAUAUCCACCCUCAGUCACCCCUGCAGACCCCACCAGUCAGCUCUGCCUCCCCCUCCAGGUCUCCCAAGUCCAUGAAGCUGUCUCCAGCCCCAGGUUCUCAAUGCUUCCUUCUCUCUUUCGUCCCUGGGUGUCAGAUCCCUCGGCCUGUGACUCAGGGUGAGGUCUCCUGUGAAAGGGGCCUUUGUUCUGACCUCCACGGGCCCUGAGAACUUUUCUGUCUAUAGUUGGGGUCUUUAGUGAGCAAGCCUCCAGAACCUACAGUCAUGGAAUCAGCCCAUCAGUUCAGUGCCUACUUGUAAACAUUUUGUAAUAAAAGGCUUUUCCUAGA